GUUUGUAAUACUAACGUUCUCAAAGUCAACAGAGGAAAUUGAUAUUCUUUCAAUGUUUUCUGUAGAAAGAAGCGUGUCAGCUUAUGAUCGCAUGAAAAUAAGAAAGUUUGCAGUUAAUGGAAUGAAAUACUUGGGAGGUGUACACAGGAUUUUAAAAAUUAACCUGUCUGUGGAAAGUUAAAAUUCAUAAAUCCUGGAUAUUAAACAUACAUUGCACGCGGAGUUCAUCAUAUGAUUAAAUGUGUAUUGUCUGUUUUCGUAUCACUAACAACGUGUGUCAGGAAGGACUUGCAUUAUUUUAAGAGUUCAUGGAAUAAACGUGCAUUCGUUUAUACACGAAAACAAAAUAGCAAAGCCGAGAAAAAAAAUUAUAGAAGAUUUUUUAACGUUUCUUAAAUACUAUGUGACAUGUUUGACAUGACUUUGACAAUUUUUGCAUAUUCUUAGGAUUUAUAAAUUCUGUAAGUGUUUGGUGGAUCCAUUAGGAGCGUGAUACGAUGGGGUACAGUGUGAUUUGCGGACUCCUGUGGAGUAUUUUCAUGGCUAAUCUGAAUUUCUCCUCCAGCACCGACUUUUCCUCUGACGCUGCAUCUCUUGGGAAGAGCCGCUUUCAGGACAUCCCAGCAUUUGUAGAACACCCUAAGGAAGUGGAUUAUGUAGUUCGGAAUAAACCUGCCGAAGUCUCAUGCAAAGCCAUCAAUGCGGUCCGCAUCAAUUUUCGCUGUGCUGGAGAGUGGUUGGAGCCAACUAGGAUGGAAAACAUAGUGGAUCAGGAGAAAAGCAUAAAGAUUUUAUCUGCCAUUGUCCUUGUGGAGAGAGAUGAUGUGGACGAGUACUUUGGAGGAGAUUUUUGGUGUGAAUGUUUCGCCUACAACACUCUCAGUGGGACUAAUGGAUUGGGUGGAGUCAAGAGUAAAAAGGGCACAAUUAAAAUUGCAUUCUUGAGAAAGAGAUUUGAAAGACAACCAUUGCUGACCAGAGCUAAAGUGUCUACUGAUACAGAAUUGUCCUGUUUACCUCCACUGGGUGAACCUUUACCAGAGGUGUUUUGGUUGAAGGACAAUAUUGAGAUCAACGUGAAGAAUGAUGAUAAUUUCAUCAUCUCUAGUGAAGGAAACCUUCUCAUCAACCAGGCUCGCCUCAGUGACAGUGGCAACUAUACAUGUGGAGCUAGAAACUUAGUUGCCAAGAGGCUGAGUGAAUCGGCACCACUUAUUGUUUAUGGUCAUGGAAGCUGGUCAACUUGGAGUGCAUGGACAGAGUGCUCGGCUAAGUGUGGCCGAGGAGAACAACGAAGAAUGAGAUCUUGUACCAAUCCAGCACCAGUCAAUGGGGGUAGAAAAUGUGAAGGGGAGAGCACCAGUUACAAUGCCUGCAGCUCCAUUUGUCCAGUGGAUGGAAAAUGGAGUGUUUGGACCUCUUGGUCAACCUGCAGCCCAGAGUGCCAGCAUCUUAGGAGGAGAGCAUGUGAUGACCCUCCUGCACAAAAUGGGGGCAGACAUUGUGGAGGCAAUGACCUUGAUUCUGAGAACUGUACUGGAGGGCUUUGCAGAGGCCAAGGAAUUGGUAGGGAUGAUUUGGAUCAUGGAUUUGUGGGACAGAAUCCAGAGGGACAGAAGGAGCCAUCCAGAGAAGCAACAAACACAUCCAAUAACAACGACACCCUGAUUAUGAUCAUCGGACUUUGUGUUGCAGUCGUUGUCUUCGUAGUAGUCAUUGCCAUUGUCGUUUUUCUGCUGAGAAGAAAAUAUCAAAACCAAGGUUACCUUGCAGGAAAUAUUCCUACGCUGGGCAAUAAUGGCGAGAAAAAGAACAAGACAGGACAAGAUAUGAUGUCAGUACAACCAGACCUGACCCAGCAGGUGGUGGUUUUUCCACAUCACAGUGCCUCCCCUAGUCCCUCUGUAGACACUCCCAACAACAACUACCCCCCAGUGGAAAACAUCUAUGACAAACCAGAUGUGGGAUUGCCCAUAUAUUCUGAUCACAGACUUUCUAAUGGAUCCAUGCCCAAUAGAUCCUCUCCGGAGCUGCCUCCACCCAACACUCCUUUAGGAAUGAGUAUGGGACCACCCACUCCACCUAAUGUGGUGGAGAGACAGUCCAUGUCUUUAGUGCAGCUACCAGCCAAUGCCGACUCAGAGGCUGUGACCUGGGGGUCGUUCAAUCACACUGGUGGCAAACUGGUUCUACCAGAGUCAUGUGUAUGUAUGACCAUCCCGGAAGGUGCUAUAAAGAAAGGUCACGAAGCAGAACUCUAUUUGGGAGUGUGGCGGGAUGACACCAACAGACCAAAGAUUUCAGAUGGACAGACAAUUGUCAGCCCAGUUAUAGUGUGUGGGCCUAAUUUGCCCGGGAUCCUGAUGAAGCCCAUUAUUUUGUCCUUCCAUCACUGUGCUAGUAUGAGGCAGGGUGGCUGGAUGCUUUCUCUUUAUAACAGUGAUACACAGCCAGAAGAAGCACCUUGCUGGCAGAAAAUGGUAACCCUGGGACAAGAAACGAUAAACACUCAAGUGUAUGCACAACUUGACCCGAACCAGUGUCACAUCAUGACAGAACACAUGCAGUGGUAUACUCUGAUAGGAGAGGCAGUGCCUGGUGGAAGGCCAGUCAAAAUCCUCCGCCUAGCAGCCUUUGCCUCCAAUACUCCCCCAUCUGUAGACUUCAGUAUACGGGUCUAUGUUGUUGAGGACACCCAUGAUGCCUUAGAGGGAGUAAUGCAGGAGGAGAGAAAGUUUGGAGGCAGGUUAUUAGAGAAGCCAAAGCAGAUUCCAUUCCAAGAUGGUGGACACAACUUGUGUCUUACAAUAGAGGAGUUGACGCCAGGCUGGAGGAGUAAGCUGGCUGCCAACUAUCAGGAGAUUCCAUUCCAGCACAUUUGGAGUGGGAAUCAGAAUCAUCUUCACUGCUCCUUUUCCCUGGAGCUGGUGGAAGGGUCCAGUCCCGAUGUCAGCUGUAAGAUACAGGUCUAUCAGAAGGCUAUCCUUAAUAAUCGACAAGUCCUCAACAUCCAUAAUAACUUUAAUAAAGAGAAGCUUCCAUCUUGUUCCACUCCGUCAUCAACAUUGAAAGGACGGACGUCAACAGUGACCACUAAUUCCAGCUCGGGGUUCAGCUCCAUGUUAACCCUAGAGCCCCACCCUAGCAACUUCAGGCUGCCUUCCCAUAUACGACAUCAGUUAUGCAUGUUGUUAGAUCAACCCAACGCACGAGGAAAUGACUGGAGGAUGUUGGCACAGGCACUUACAGUGGAUAGAUAUGUGCAGUAUUUUGCCACCAAGAAGUCCCCAACAGAACACAUAUUAAAUCUAUGGGAGGCCAGACACAGAGAGGAAUCAGCAGUGACAGACCUAAUGAACAUUUUCCGAGUGAUGGGUCGAAUGGACGCUGCAGCUGUUCUGGAGAAAGACAUGGGGGCAUGGUUAUGAUCCAGUGGUCUCUAGGGCAGCAGGUCUGUCCUUGAUAUUUCAGCAGUUCAUACCCAGAAAAUUCCCAUUUAAAAAUCUGUUCUCAACAGAUUCAUGGGUAAUUGAAAGUGUAUAAAUGGAUCUUCCCCUAAAAGCUAGACUUGCCUUCCUUUGUGUAGAACUAGCAGCUUGUCAGCUACAGAUGCUUGGGAAUAGGGAAUACACUAGACCAUGAAAAAAAACCCAGACUUAUGAGUAGGGAUAAUCUAUGACUGUGUAUAGAAAUACUUGACACAUUUUAAAAAUAUGUGAUGGUAGAAUAUGGAAGGGUAUAAAAACUGCAGAAGUGGAUCUGUGAAUUUUCCUGGUGCUUUCUGACAUACAGAUGAACAGAGAACAAAGCAGCUGUUCUAAUGCAAUAUUUUAAGAUUAAACAGUGUGCAAAAACUGUUUGUUAUUUUAAAAAAAAGUGCUACAGCAGAAAUAGACUGGUAGUAGGACCAAAGGGAAAGAACUCCUUGUGUUCCUUUUAUAAAAAUGUGAUAUUUUUUUUGUUUUUCUGCCAUGGUAAUCAUGGACGCUUUAAAACACACACACAUGCUGACUGUGAUUAUAAAAUAUUUGUCACACAUGUGCAUGAGUGAGUCAUAUUGCCAAAAAUGUAGAAAAAAAAUCCUUCAUGUGUGUCAUCUGCUGAAGAUUAAAUAAUCAAGCUCAGAUAUACAUAUGUAUUGUUAAAGUUGAAAUAAUUUAAAUCGUUUAUUACAAAAAGGUGAAAUGUUGUAAAUCUAUAAAGAACUUAUCAUAUAGACUGACAUAUAUUGUUUUAUGCAUCAUGUGGUGAACAAUUUCUAGUCAUGUAACACCGGAUAUGUGAACACAUGAAAAUAUGAUAUGUCAUUCUUUAGAAACAAAUGCAUUCUUUCCACUUAAAGUGGAGGAAUAUUGUGUACUUUUCAUUAUAUGAAGUAAACAUUGUUUGUCUUUCAUUUUGUAAUAUUUCAAGAUUUAUUUAUUCCACAUAUUAGAUUUGAAACAUGUUCAAAUAGCAUCACACUUGUUCAGAGAAUUUUGUACAUUUUGUGAGGGUGUUGAUGUGUGCUAGUCCAUUGUAGUGUGCUCGAUAUGUGCUAAAAUCUGUGUGAACUUGAGUGUGCCCAUUCCUAUUACUUGUAUGUGACAGAUAUGUAAAAUUAUAGCAUUCUGGAUCAUGUGAGAAAAUUUGCCAUUGGUUUAAUUAUCUUGAGUGGGAGGUGCUAAAAUGGUUAUUAAAAUGUGCAAUGAUAGUGUUCAAUUGAAAGUUGGAUUUGGUAGUUGAACCUUUGUGUAUUACAUGUAUUUCUCAAAGGGGGAGAAAAUAGCAGUCACAAAUAUUUUAAAGGUGCUAAUGUACAUUUGAUAAGAAUUCCACACAAAAUAACUCACUGUUCCAAUUUAUUAAAUAAAAUUGAUUAGCCAUCAAAAUAUCUGGAGACAAUCCAAUGCUAAAUUUCACACUGGAUAAUCAGAAAGUAAUAAAAGAAAUAUUGAAAGGAAAUCCUUGAUUGAUAAAUUUUGCACAAAUUUGGCAUACAUGAAUUUGCUUUAGACAUUUGACUUUACACUAGUAAAUUUCAAUUGCAACGUAUGUACAAAAUGAAUGGUUUUGUCAUAAAAUGCAAAUUGAAUCACUUUUAAAGAAAAAAAGAAAAAAAAAUUUAAUGCAUAAUAUUACAAAAAAAGUGAACAAUUCCUUUGAUUUCCAAUUCUAUAAUUUGUAAUUCUUCUAAAAAUCAAAUUUAUUUGAUAAACUUACCAUCUCAAAAUACUUUGAAUUAUCAUCUUUUCUUUGUAGUUUUUAAUGUUUUCUUUGACUACAGUAUGUAACUGCAUUUGAAGUUUAUUGCAAACAGAGUAAUGUGUGGAACAGUUAUUAUUGCCAAAUAAUUGACCAAAACUUGGUUCUACAUUCAUUAUGUUAAUAAGGUAUGCAUUAAAACGAUCGAAUUGUAAAUAAUUAUUAUCAUGUGAAAAAUAAAUGAUUAUAAACAUGAAAA